AACAAAAUAUCUUGGACUCCAUUAUUGUAAGAUAUGGUAACACUGCUAGAGAAUUGCAGAGUCUCUCCUCCACCGAAUACCAGUGCCGACAAAUCUCUGCCCCUGACUUUCUUCGACUUUAUAUGGGUUCCUUUUCAUCCUCUAGGCCGUGUCAUCUUCUUCGACAUUCCUUGUUCCACCAAUCACUUCACACAAAACAUUGUUCUGAAUCUCAAAACUGCAUUAUCUCAUGCUCUUGCACACUUCUCUCCCUUUGCUGGAAAUUUAACCAAACCCACGAAUACUAAUUCCGAAACAGAGUUCCAAAUCCGCUACGUGGAUGGCGACUCUGUUUCGGUCACGUUUGCUGAAUGCACAGAUGAUUUUAAUUAUAUCUGCGGAAACCAAGUCCGUGACGCGGAUAUAUUGAAACCACUUGUUCCUCGACUCCCCUCAGGAGUUGCUCUUCUCCAGGAGUCUGGAGAAAAAUGUUUUGCAUCUCCAGUAUUGGCUAUUCAAGUUACUGUUUUUCCGAAUCAUGGGAUUAGUUUCGGAUUCACAAACUCCCAUACUGUUAGUGAUGGAAGUAGUUUAUUUAAUUUCAUACACGAAUGGGCUAAACAAGCCACGUCCAAAUCUGAUGUUGCAGGUUCUGAUUUCUUGAGCCCGUAUUAUGAUAGGAGUUCACUGAAAGACCCCCUCGGUCUAACUACUAUGUUUAAAGGUUAUUUUGGAGGGGCGGAUAUGGCUGAGCACAUGGAGGAGAACAUUCCGGAUCAAUCAUCAGGUGACAAAGCUCGUGCAACAUUUGUCCUAAAACAGGCUGAAAUCGAAGCCUUAAAAAGCUUGGUGAUAGAGAAAAAGCAAAAUUUCCCAUACGUGUCUUCUUUCACUGUUGUUUGUGCUUAUGUCUGGACCUGUAUGGCAAAAACAAGAGCAGAUGUGGUCGGAGGAAUGGAACAGGAGCCUCUUAACUUUGGAAUUGCUUAUGAUUGUCGUGCUCGUCUCGAUCCACCGCUGCCUGCCUCAUACUUUGGUAAUUGCAUAUUCUCUGCUGUGCCAGUGGGAAGGAGGGACAUUUUAGCUGGAGAAGAAGGUCUUCUUGCUGCUGCUGAAUUGAUUGGAACAGCACUUUACGCGAAGCUAAACAAUAAGGAAGGAGUCUUGAACAAUGCACACGCCUUGCUUACAACAGAUUUCGCGGGGGUGAUGAGAGGGGAAUGGUAUCUAGGUGUCGCUGGUUCACCCAAGCUGGAUUAUUACAACUGAUAGGGUAUAACCCGGUUAAGCAACACCCGGGUCCUUCAGAAGCAACACCCGGGUCCUUUAGAAGAGCCUCCACCCGGGUAACCGCCAACACCACAGGGCACCCCCUGCCUUGACAGGUGAUACAACCCGGACAUGAUUGCUUACCCGGGUACAUGGAACUUACUACUCACCCGGAUGCACAUGUACCAGCCGACACCUGCUGCACAAAGCACAGACUGACAUGAUAAAAACAAACAUAACGGUCAACUACUGGCGAUAGGGACAAGCCAGGGAACAUUCCAAAAUACUACUUCUACGCUGACACCUGGACACGUGUGGGGGAUCAAACCCCUACACGUGUAGGACCAGGAUCCAGGUACGCACCCUUGAACCCUAAUCCUUGGCCUAUAAAUAGACCAAGGAUCGAGAGUUUAAGGGUUAACUUCACUCUCUUUUUACACUCAUUCUCACACACACUUACACUCAGCAUAUAUUCAAACACUCUCAGCCACCAGCCACCAGCAACCACCACACAUACACCUUCACCCACCACAUAUAGAUAACACACUUUCUCUAGUCUUUAUCCUUCCGAAACCUACGCUUACUCUCACGCCGGAGGCGCCGCGGGGUCAAAACCCCCCUCCGGUGUUGUUUUGUAGGCUCCCAUCCAGCAGCUACACCGCGGAACCACCAGCCACGGCGGAGGAAGGACCGGGAUCGGAGAUUGGCGUUAUCAUUUGGCGCUAAAAGGAGGGGAAGGUGUCCUCUGUCCUGUGGUCACGGUGCCACUGGACUCAUCUUCUUCAACAAACCCCCGAAACGGGGGUCCAAAUCACACCA